AUGGGGAGCAGAUUAUGGUUUCUGCUUCUGGGGGUGUUGCUGCUAUGGUGUUCUUCUUGUUCCAUUGUGAAUUGCUUAGGGGUGAAUUGGGGGACCAUGGCUACCCACAUGCUACCGCCCAAGACAGUUGUGCAGAUGUUGAAGGACAAUGGGUUUCAGAAAGUGAAGCUAUUCGAUGCAGAUUCCACCACCAUGAAUGCUCUUGCUGGGAGCAACAUCGAGGUUAUGGUGGCUAUCCCUAAUGAUCAACUUCAGGCUAUGACUGACUAUGGCAACGCUCAAGAAUGGGUUAAGAGAAACAUUUCUCGGUUCAACUUCAACGGUGGUGUUAAUAUCAAGUAUGUGGCAGUAGGGAACGAACCAUUCCUAAAGACAUACAACAACUCAUUCAUAAACAUCACAUUCCCAGCACUCCAAAACAUCCAAAACGCCCUCAACGAAGCUGACGUCGGAGACACCAUAAAGGCCACCGUUCCCCUAAACGCAGACGUAUACUUCUCCCCAGACGACCAGCCAUACCCAUCCGCUGGAAGGUUCCGGCCCGACAUCAACGACCUAAUGACCCAAAUCGUCCAGUUUAUGAACAAGAACAAGGCACCUUUCACGGUGAACAUCUACCCCUUCCUCAGUCUCUACGGCAACGACAACUUCCCUUUCGAUUAUGCCUUCUUCGACGGAGCAGCUCAGCCUGUGGUCGACAAGGGCACCGGGAUUCAGUAUACCAACGUGUUCGACGCCAAUUUCGACACCUUGGUGUCAGCCCUCAAAGCCGUGGGACUCGGUGACAUGACGAUCAUGGUCGGGGAAGUGGGAUGGCCGACCGACGGUGACAAGAACGGCAAUGUUGGCAAUGCUUACCGGUUCUACAACGGGCUAAUGCCCAGGCUCGCAUCGAACAGAGGUACGCCACUUCGACCUGGCUACAUCGAGGUCUACCUGUUCGGCCUUCUAGACGAGGACGCCAAGAGUAUUGCCCCAGGCAGCUUCGAGCGACAUUGGGGCAUCGUCAGGUACGAUGGGCAGCCCAAGUUCGCAUUGGAUCUCUCGGGCCAAGGGCAAAACAAACUUCUGGUGGGUGCACGAGGUGUGGACUACUUGCCCCAGAAGUGGUGUGCAUUCAAUCCGAAUGCUAAGGAUCUGAGCAAGCUGGCCGACAAUAUCAACUACGCGUGCACUUUCUCUGAUUGCACGACGCUCGGGUAUGGGUCAUCCUGCAACGGGCUGGAUGCAAACGGGAAUGCGUCCUAUGCUUUCAACAUGUACUACCAGGUGCAGAAUCAGGAUGACUUGGCGUGUAAUUUCGAAGGAUUGGCUAGUGUUACUACACAGAAUAUAUCUCAGGGGAACUGCAAUUUCAUGAUCCAGAUUGCUACUUCUUCUGCUGGAAUUCUUGGGCCUUCUGUUGUUCUUGUGCUUCUCGUGCUGGGGUUUGUUACAUUGCUGGUGGUAUAG